UCCCUGCUUUUCAGUAUCCAACUCAUCCCCGCCCAGAAUGAGCAAAUCCUCAACGGCCACUGCACCAAAGACGUCCCAGCUACCGUCAAAGUCGGCUUGGGCAAAGGGCCCGCCAGCGAAUACCUCGACAGCGCCGUCGCCUAGAUCGCAAUCCCCCGCUCCUUCUGUUACCUCUCCUUCAGCACCCCCCACGCACUCUAGACGACCGAGCACGCUAGGACAGGGCGUAGCGUUCAAAGAUGGAGUAGGAGCAGCACGUACGCCUUCGAAUGCGUCAAAAUCAGGCUCAUCGGUGACCUUCGGGUCCAUCGACGACGCCAAUGCACCGAUCUCGUCUUCGCCCGCGGCCGCACCGACGAUAAAGUCAGAGGGGAUCAAGACUUUCGGGUCGGUACCAGCGAACACGAACGGGAAAAUCCACACGCGGACAAUCUCGUUCUCGACAGGGACGCCUUCGUCAGGUGCUGCAGCAACGGCAUCGACUUCAUCAGCGUCAACGACCGCGCCUUCGACGUCGUCAUCAGCCGCACCGUCGACAUCCGGUUCUACGUCUACCCCCAAAGCCGCCAAGUUCGACGUGAAAAGUCUGUUCCAAAAUAAGACAUCGGAUGCCGCAUCGUCCUCCUCUGCCGCAUCCGCCUCCCCCUCGCACCGCACGACGCCGCUUCCCCAGUCCUCGCUGAGCCCGCAAGGACAACCACCGCAUCAAUCACCGCCUUCGCAGAUGGGCGCUCCUUAUAGCAACUUCCGGCCGCAGCAGAACGGCGUGCCCAUCGCGAGUCCGGGGGUACCAAGGUCGCCCAGCUUCCCUCGCCAGAUGCCCAACGGCAACGUCAACGGGCGGCCACCCGCACCUCCAGGCGGACCUCCAUCAGGCACGAUGCCUACAGCCAUGCCGAGCCCUCGGAUGGGGCCACCUCACGGUGGUCAACCGCAACCUGUUCCCCACGCUCAACCGGGCGCACCCGUGCCCGUACCGCAAUGGGGUUACUACUACUACCCCGGGAUGCCGAUGGACCCGAAUUACAACCCGUACCCGCCGCCGCAGUGGAUGCCGCAACACAUGCCGCAACCACAUCCACCGCAGGGACCACCGGGGGCUCCUAUACCUGGUCUACCGAUGUCACCGAGGGGACAACAGCCGCCACUCCACGCGCCAGGCACUCCCGCUCUGCCCCCGAACGCCCACCCUUCCCAUUCUACCCCCUCUCCACACACACACACUGCUAGUCUCAGCAGUAUUUCUUCGUCGACCCCUUCGACCCCCGCAUCGAGCAAUGCUCCCGGUGGUGGCAUCUCCCGUCUGAACUCGAAUGCGAAUGCCUUCACGCCGAAACGUGUGGUGAUCAAAUCCGAGUCCGGGCAGGAGGUCGACCUGGAGCGUUUCAAGAAGCAGGCACCGGGGGCCAUCUUAUCGCCCAUCGUCCCAAGUUCGCCUGCGCGCAGGCCCGUCCAAAUCCGGAUGGAGACCGAGGAGGCGAAGCAGAAGCGGCUAGCUGAGGAGGCAGCGGAGAAGGAGAAGAAGGAGGCUGAGGUGAGGGCAAAGAAGGAGGCCGAGGAGAAGGCGAAGCGCGAGGCUGAGGAGAAGGCUAAGCGUGAGGAGGAGGAGCGAGUACGGAGAGAAGAGGAGGAGAAGGAGCGGAUACGGAAGGAGGAAGAGGAUAAGGUACGAUUACGCGAGGAGGAAGAGAGGGAACGCAAGCGCAAGGAGGAGGAGGCUGCUGAGCGUCUUCGCAAAGCUGCCGAGGAGAAGGCGAAGAGGGAGGAGGAGGAGCGUGCAGCCCGCGAAGCAGAGGAGAAGGCGAAGGCCAAGUCCAAGGCUGAGGCUGAGGCUGCUGUGGCCGCGGCUGCUGCCGAGGCGACGAAGACUGAACCUGAAGAGGGUGAAGUUCAGGAGUCUGAACAAGCUGCGGAGGCCACGGACGAAGCAACCAAGGAGGAAGCCAAAGAUCAAGUGUCUGACAAGGCGCCCCUUCGCAUCGAUACCACGCUCACAUCCUCAGACGGCAAGCGUCGCCCUGGUCGGCUCGACCUGUCGGGCGCCAAGGGCCAGGGCAUCCCCGCCGCUUUGCCGUCUGCUUUGGCCACUGCGCGCAUCAUCGAAGACAUCGGGAGCAUCCAAUACCCUGAGGGUGUCAAGAGCCCGAAGCCUGAGCUCAACGUCAACGCGAAGCAGGGCAAGUUCCGGUAUGAUCGCGAUUUCUUGCUGCAGUUCAUGGCUGUCUGCAAGGAAAAGCCUGAUUCUCUCCCUCCUCUUGACGCAAUUGGUCUCGAGCCGGUCGAUCAGAGUUUCGCUCUGACCCGCGGUGGCUCUCACGGCCGUCGCUCCUCUUCCACCGCGAUGCCUCCACCCUCCCGACAAGCUUCCGUCGGACUCGGUAUAUCUGGUUUCAACAAGCCCUCCGUUAACCCCUUCACCAUGGGCCAAUUCUCUACGCCUACGCAGAAGCUGUCAAGCGAAGAGCGCUUCGCUGCGUCCAAUCGCUCAACGUCCAUGUCGGGCACUCAGGCCGGAAUGCCUUUCGGACGUCCCCCUCCGAUGGUCCGCUCGUCGAGUCAGGGCGGUCCCGGACACUCGAGCAGCGGUCGUACUCGGAGUCAACGCGGCGGCAAGCGCGACAAGGAGCGGCCUGGUCCGCCGUCGUCAGGCCAAGGCAACGCCUUCGGGCCGUCGUCUUCGCUUGCUGGUCAGCAGAACCUGGAACCCGUUGCGCCCCUCGAGCUUUCUGCGAACCGCUGGACGCCGGCCAGUCUCACGAAGAAGGGUCAGCCCGUUGAGGCGGAGACGCCCGAAGUCGUCGACCGUAAGGUCCGUGCGCUGCUCAACAAGCUCACCAUGGAGCGGUUCGACUCGAUCUCCGACCAGAUCAUCGCCUGGGCGAACAGGUCGGAGAAGGAGAAGGACGGCCGCACGCUGAUCCAGGUCAUUCGACUGGUGUUCGAGAAGGCGACGGAUGAGGCGACGUGGUCCGAGAUGUACGCUCGUCUUUGUAGGAAGAUGAUGGAGCAGAUCAGCCCGAACGUCCGUGACGAUGGCAUCAAGAACGCCGAGGGCAAGCCCAUCGCCGGCGGCCAGCUCUUCCGCAAAUAUCUGCUCAACCGCUGUCAAGAGGAUUUCGAGCGCGGUUGGGUCGCGAAGGAGGCUACUGCGGCCGCGGCCGCGACGAAGGCAUCCGAGGACCAGGCUGCAAAGGCUGCCGCCGAGGGCAACGAGAAUGGGGAGAGCGCCUUAUACUCGGAAGAGUAUUACGCUGCGCAGAAGGCAAAGCGUCAGGGACUCGGUCUCAUCAAGUUUAUCGGCGAGCUGUUCAAGCUGCAGAUGCUCACGGAGCGUAUCAUGCACGAGUGUGUCAAGAAGCUGCUCGGCAACGUCGAGAACCCCGAGGAGGAGGAAAUCGAGAGCUUGUGCAAGCUCUUGACGACCGUCGGCCAGAUCCUGGAUACCCCCAAGGCCCGCGCGCACAUGGACGUAUACUUCUCGCGGAUGAAGGAGCUAACGAAGAGUCCGAACGUCAAUUCGCGCAUGCAGUUCAUGCUGCAGGACAUUAUCGAGUUGCGCGAGCGCAAGUGGAUUCCGAGGAACCAGAUGGCCGCGCCGACCACGCUGGCUGCUGUUCACGAACAGGCUGCGAAAGAGAAGCUCGCUCAGCAGAACGAGGCCAUGAACCGCACACUCAGCAUGUCCCGCGGAGGGUCAAGACGUGGCGGCGACAGGGGAGAGCACGCUCAGAUCGGUCCCGACGGUUGGGCUGUCGCUGGUGGUCCUGCUGCUCGUCCUCCACCAAAGGCUGGCGACCUGUCAAAGUUCGGCAAGAUCGACAAGUCGGCGCCUAUGACCUUUGGCCCCAGCUCUGUCUUCCAAAAGGGUGACAAGUCGAAGAGCCGCGAGUCGACCAUCCGUCAAGGUUCGACGAAUAUGUUCUCGAUGCUCAGCGGUAACCCCGAAAUCGCUGCGGAGGUCACGUCUGCAAAGUCGAGUCGACCGCCCAGCCGCAAGAGCUCUAUCGACCUUGGCUCUGGCGGUGCCCCAGAAGGUGCCGCUCCUCAGCGGAGGAAGCUCCAGCUUCUGCCUCGUUCAGUGCCACUCGAGAACAAGUCGGAAUCGACUCCUGCUGCGUCGACCGCCAACUCCGAGGACGAGGGCGAAGAAGAGCCCUCUGGCGCGCCGUCAAUGUCCGAGUCCGAGGCCAAGACGCGUAUCGAGGAGGACUCGAAGGAAUUCUUCUCUAUCCGCGAUCUGGAAGAAGCGGAAGUGUAUUUCACGAAGCUUCCGUCGGAACACCGGCAUCUACUUGUCGACAAGCUCGUCACCAAGGCGAUCGAGUCGAAGGAAGCGGACGCUCAGCUCGUGGCGGGUCUCUUCGAUCGCGCACACUCUCGGAAUCUGUGCUCGCCCGCAUCGUUUGAGGAAGGGUUCUUGCCAACGGCGGAGAUCCUCGAUGACAUCGUCAUCGACGCCCCCAAAGCGUUGGACCUUUUUGCGAUCAUGGUCAAGGGCACCCACCUGCACGAGGACGAGGAGCGCCGGACGCGACUUGCAGACAAGUCUAUGGACAAAGACAAGCUGCUCGAGCUCCUGACAUCAUAGGCCAUCGGUACAUAGACUUUCGUAUUAUAUUCCCUCACGUUACUUCCCAUCACCUUCCCUCGCGUCUCCUGCAUCGUCACCAUCCAUCCAUUCUUGUAUCCGUGCUGUUCGCGAUUCCCCCUCCCCUAACACCUGCUGUACAUCCAUCCCACAUCCCUCCGUGCUCCCAUGCCCCAUCCGACACGCUCGUGCGUGAACCCUCGCUCACCGUCGACUGUCUUCUUUGGCUGCUCAUCCUGCGAUGCGAUUCCCUCCUGUUGUCUCUCUGCAAUCUCGGUGUCUCAUAUUCCACGCAUGUCGCGCUGGUGUUUGCAUUAGUGUGUACUUAUUACCUCGCACAGUAUUGCACGAUAAUAUCCCUUGGCUGGUCUCGAACUUUGC